AUGCCAAGAAAAGCCAAUUUGCUUAAAUCUUUGGCAAGAGGACGAGUACGCACUUCUUUCAAUAAGUAUAAUUUAUUUAACUUGUACAAGAAGGGUGCUGUAGACUUAAAGUCUAAAUCUUUAUAUCAGCAGAAAUGGACAGCAAAGCAAGAAACUCGAGCUUAUCAUGGUGAACAUUUGACAGAGAAGAGGUGGCAAACUGCUUUCAAGCCCAAAUUAGAUUCAGUAGCUCAGUUGGAUGCUUCAUUACGUGGUGGUGAAAUUAAGGAAACACCAUUCUUGUUGCAAACGUUUGCAGUAUUAGAAAAAAGGCUUGAUUUUGCCUUAUUCAGAGCUAUGUUUGCUUCAUCAGUGAGACAAGCUCGUCAAUUCAUCUUACAUGGAAAUGUCCGCGUGAAUGGUAUAAGAAUUAAGCACCCAAGUUAUACUCUAAAGCCUGGUGAUAUUUUCAGUGUUAGACCGGAAAAAGUGCUAGAGGCCCUCGGUGCUAAGAAGCCAAGCUUCGAAGAAGCACUGAGAAUUGAUAAAACUCAAAUAAUUUUAUGGAAUAAGUAUGUGAAGGAAGCAAAGACUGACUCUAAGCAGGUUUGGGAAAAGAAGUUGGAAAAAUAUGAAAAGAUGUCCGAUUCUAAUCCAAAGAAAAGUGCAUUUCAAGAAUUUUUGAAGCAGUAUAAUAAGAACCUCGAAUUACAACAAUAUAAUGCAUUGACGGAAUGUACACAGGAAGGCAUUGUAAAUAAAUUAUUGACUAUUGAGAAACGAAUUGGUAAAUCAGAUAACGAGCCUUUAUCGAUAGAUGAAUUCAAGAAGGGUCUACCUGACGUUCAGGAUACUCAGCUUUUAGAAAGUCUGUAUAGUGCCUAUCAAGAAUUCUUCAAAUCAGGCGAAAUCAAAAGAGAAAUACUUUCCAAAUGCCAGCCUGAGGAGUUAACUUCGUUGGCCUCGGAAAUGAUCAAUCCUAACGAAUCCACGAAAAAGGAGUUAUCUGAUGGGGCUAAAUCUUCUUUAAGGGCUGGAAAAAAGAUUCUUUCGGAAUGUGUCAAAAUAUGGACCAAAAACAUAACAGCACAUUUCAAAACUAGGAUGAGUGAUGUCUCGAAUGGUUCAUUAACUUUUGAUCCCGAGUGGGCUAAAAAUUUAAGAUAUCAUGAUCCUAUCAAAAUAUCUGAACUGAAAGAUGAUGAGCAAAAAGCGUGUAAACUGAUAAACUUACCAUGGCAAAAGAACCAUGUUUAUGGUAGGCAAGACCACAAAAAACCUUUCUUCACUCCAUGGAAACCAAGACCAUUUUUGUCACCCUUUGCCAUUUUACCUCAUCACUUGGAAAUAUCUUUCAAGACAUGCCACGCUGUAUACUUGAGAGACCCUGUUGCCCGACCAGGCCAAUCUGAAGUAAUUUCACCAUUUGAUGUCCCAAUUCACGAACGUGCAUAUAUGUAUUACUUGAGGAAUGGUAAAUAA